AUGGGAAUAUCUCUACAACAGUGUAAAGCACGGGGUCGACCAUGCACGUUUUACAAAGAUGGAUCGUUUGAUCCAGAUCAGGAAGCGGGUGAAGAUGUAGGAGCAACACAACUGUCACAAGAAGGCAAUUCAUCUGCUACUGCUGGUGCUGGUGCUGCUGGUGCCACUGAUCAACAACAUGGCAACAAUGAAGAUCCACAAGAAUCAUGUUUUUUGUUUGCUGAUACCAAAGAUAGCAAUUACAUUCGCAACAAACGACGUGGCCCACCACUUGAAUCACGUACUAGCAAUACGCUUGCAUCACUUGGCGAGGGGUUGCGUAAAGUCAGCUUGUACGAGACGCACACAGGCAAGGCAUUUGCUGAUGCUGAACCUUUUGGUAGCUUUAUCAAAUGGAUUGCAGAGCCACCGUUGCCUGGACGAUACGCAGGAUCGAUCGAGAUGCCUUCCCGCAAAGUACAAAUGGAAAUGCUCGAAUACCAUUUUAGUGAGAAUUACGAGACGAUGCCAAUUAUUCCCAAGCGAUACUUUUUUGAUCAACUCAAGUGCAAAGGUCCAUUUAUUACGCCACUCUUACUCAAUGCUAUCUAUGCCCAAACAAGUCGAUACAUCACCAGCGACGACGAAUUGCCAAAGUCAGAAGUCUUUUUCCAUCGAGCGAAACGAUUGUUGGAUGAUUUCAUGGAUGUUCCUCGUGUCAGUACAGUGGUUGCAUUAUGCUACAUGAGCUUGUACGAAUCACGGCCAUCGUCAACACAACGUAGUGGCAGCCCGUAUUGUCGAUCAUGGAUGUACAGCGGAAUGGCCUAUCGGAUGUGCCUCGAAUUGGGUCUGCAUAAUCAAAACAAUGUUGCCAGAGACUUGUCACCCAUUGAAAUCGAGUUGCGUAAAAGGGUGUAUUGGUCUUGCUAUUGCCUCGACAAGUUGCACAGCACAGGAUGGGAACGACCGUGGAUGCUAUCAACAACAAUGACACAAACUGAUCUACCAGGUCCAUUACCAGAAGACGAUGAAGAGGAGCAGCUCAUUGUUCAAGGACUUGUGGAAAAGAUCAAGUACGCACGUAAAGGAGAGGAAGCCAUGACCAUUGUAGCAACGCAUCGGCCCAUGGCAGCAGCAGCAGCAGCAGCAGCAACAUUCCAUCGUGGCGGCGCGUCUUCAGAAGCGAGCAACAGCAACAAGCAUCCAGAAAAGGAGAAGGUGGAAUAUUUUCAGAAUCAUUAUUGGGAUAUUCUUCGUGGGUUACCUCCUGGGUUACAAUGGACACCCAUAUCAGCAACAUCGCCUGAACAAGUGCUGCAGCUACCAGCACCAAGACCGCUUGUUGCUCAUCUACACUUGCAGGUGCUCCAUGGUCUCCUUGAUUCCUAUUUUCGAUCUCCCGAUAAUUCAUACAAUCAAUUACAACGGCGUAUCCUGGCAACGUGUAUCACUCAGCUUGUGCAUUGCAUGUGUGAUCGUCCAGCUUCAGUCAUCAAGUUUGACGUUUUGAUUCAUAUGCUCCUUUCAGCCACCAAGGUCCAUGUGAGACAUUUAUACAACAGCGAUAUGGAUAUUGCACGUCAUGCGUGGGCUAUGUUUGAUCGCUCUAUUCUUGCUAUUCAUCGCCUGCGAAAGUAUGCAACCAUUCCCAACAGUGCAAAGUUCUUACAACAUCUUGGAAGCAGUGUAGAAGGUUAUGAAGUCCCACAUGAGAUCCUAUCAUCCGCCAUGUCUUCAGAACACCCUCCUCCUCCAUUACCACCUGUUCUUGCAGCACCCGAUGAUGGCUCAUGUACAGCAGCAGCAGCAGCAGCAGCAGUGGCAGCAGUGGCAAUGUCUCAUCCACCACCUCCACCACCACCAUUGACAAUGUCAGGGUUAAUGUCAUCAUCGGAUGAUCUUCAUACACUUGGGAGUAUGUACAUGCAUAAACCACCAUCCAGCAUACCAACGAAAGCAAUCAGCCAACCACCACCUACGUCUACAACAACUACAGCAGCCUCCAGCAGCACCAAUUUGAUGGAACCUUAUAGUGGUGGAGAUGAUAGUGGAUACGUUGUACUUUCCAUGAACCAGCAGGACUGGAACCCAGCAGCACCAACCAUCAUUUCUAGAUCACCACCUUCUCCUUCACCAGCACCACGUACGACUAGUACAAUCCAUCAUCAUCAACCAUUCAUGCUAGAUCAUCAACAUCAACCACAUCAUCAGCAUCAGCAUCAUCAACAUCAACAACAACACCUUGCAACCACGACGACGUCUUCUGAUAUCAUAUCUGCUACCAACAUGAGCAGCCAUGAUUCCACAGCAACAGGGAUGAUCCAUUUACGACAACCCAACGACAAUCCUCCUCCAUCCACUCAUUCUCGACACCACCAGCAUCAUCAUCAACAUCAACAUCAACAUCAUUUAUAUACGUCACCAAGUACGUCUCAACCUCUCACAUCGCAACACCACGAUCUAUAUCAUUCUCAAGUACUAUCACAACAACAAGAACAAGAGCCAUCUGUAUGGGAUUUCGAGCAAUAG